CAAUUCAAUCGCCAUUUUACUGGCGUUUUCACUUUGUUGCAGUUUUUUGUGUUCGCUGCACAUAAGUGGAAAUCUGCUGUAAUCGUUAAAUAUUCGAAGACUUUUUCAUUUGCGAAGUGUCCCAGUAAACUAGACUGAGGUCUUGUCAGGGUUUCAAUCAGCGACAUCAGAUGUGUGAGAUUUUUAUUAAGCGAUGUCCACAAGUUAUGGCGUUAACAAAGGAAAGGAAGGCAAAUACACCACCCUCAAUCUGACAUCAUAUAAAGGCCGUUCAGUAGAUACCAACAAAUCAUCAGGAUCAAAUGUUCGCCAUGGAUUACAAAGUUUGGGUAAAGUCAGCAGUUCACGCCGCGUGCCUCCACCCGCCAAUCUCCCUAGCCUAAAAUCAGAAAACCUCGGAAACGACCCUAACGUUAACCUUGUUCCAAAAGACGGGUCAGGAUGGGCAUCGAAAACAGAAUCGAGCAACCAGACCCCGAGUCAAACGUCUCAAGCCCAGCAGGAAUCGCAGCUGCCGCCGGCUUCCGUUACAUAUUCUCAAUCAGCAGCAAUGCAGCAGAAGCAUGUGAAAACUGCACCGACGAACAGGAACCAGAAUUACUCGAGUUCGAUCCCAUCAAGUGGAUCGCAGCAUCCGCCUCAAACAUGGGGUUCAUCCCGAUCACAAGCUGGCAGCAGAGCGUCCGGAGCAGCAGGUGGGGCUCGGGCUCAUGGCACCACCCCUUUCUCAGAUGAGUUUCCAACUCUCGGUGACACUACAAAGGAUCCAGCAACCGGAACGGAAAUGACAAGAGAACAGCAAUACGGACCAGGGCCAAGCUUAAGGCCACAAAAUGUGGCAUCUUGGCGUGAUGGUGGGGGAAGAAACAUACAACAAACUGAAGAUAAAGAUUUUCCCAAAGAGGACCCCACUCAAGAGCAGAAAGAAGCACAAAAUCACAUACCACAUGCGUAUGAUGUUACAAACAUGGAGGCAAGUCAAAACAUGACACAGCGUCAGAUGACUCAUCAAAGUGGGCAGAGUUUCCCACCUGGACAUCCUUCACAAUUCCGUCACAACAUGAUGCCUCCAUUUAUGCAAAACCGGUACCCACACCCCCGAAUGGGUCCUCCCAUGCCCGGAGGAAGAUACCCACCAAACAUGCACCCUCGUAUGCCCUACCCACCCUGCGAUCCAGCUCAAAGGUUCCGAGGAAGAAUGCCCAGCCAACAACAGCAAGGAGAGAAGUCAGGGGUGCCUUCUAUAAUUUCUCCAACGGAUUUAAAGGAGUUUGACAAACUAGAAAAAGAUGAUGAAGGUGGAUGGGCUGCCAUGCAAGCUGAAGUCGAUUAUGGAGAAAAACUUGUUUUCAGCGAUGAUGAGGAAGCCAUGGGUUCAGAAAAAAGAAAAUCCUUGCGUUCUGAUGACCAACACCAUGGUGAUGAAGACCGAGGUUACGACAGGCGACCGAAGGAUAAUAAUGGCCACCCACGUGUGGCUUGGACUCAACAACAACAACCACCACAUCAACAAUAUGGAAUGGAUGCAAGUAUGCAGUGGCAAUAUUAUCACGCAAUGCAACGUGCUCCCUACCCUGCACAAGCAAACAUGACAGAUGUUAGAAGUAAAUCUUCACAACGAGUCCCCCCCCAAGGUCAACCCUUCGCUGGGGGCCCUAUGGGUCACCCCCAUAUGUACCCGGGGCAUCACCCAAUGCCCACCCACUUCCAAAUGAACGAGAGCAUGGAUAGAGUGCCCCCUGGUGGGGAUGAACAUCGGAGAAACGAGAAAGAGGAAGCGUUACAACUUGCUCGGAAGCGUAAAGAAGAAGAAGAGAGAAGAAUGGAGCUUCAGGAUCGUCAAACACUAGGAGGCAACGAGGAGUACCACAGCGAUGAUCGGAAACGAGAUGAUAGUUUCCAGAGGACUCCAGACAGCACUGGCAACUCCUGGUCACAAGAUGGGGGAAGUGGGUUUAAACACCAAACAUCAGGAAGUGAUGAUGACGGAAGAUCUUCCAGGGAUCGAAUGCCAGGUGAUGGUUAUGGUGGAUAUACUAGAGGUCCUCAUCCAUCAGCAUCUCAACAAAUCGGUGGUCGCAAUUUACCCCCAAGGUUGGCUCAUCAACGCCAGCAGCAACAACAGCAGCAAUCUUGGGGUCGAUCGUAUGAAGCAUGGAGUCAACCCCCAGCUACUCGCCACAGCAUUAUGAAACGGGAGAAAUCGGAAACCGAUGAAACCGACAACCAUAGUGCUGGUUCCAGGUCUCGGCAAAUGUCUGAAAGCUCCUCACACUCACAAGUGACACCAAGUGGUAGAGAAACUCCAGGGGAAGAUAGACGAGCAUACGGAAGUCGUGAAGCUCUUCGUAAACCUGUUGUUGGUGCCGAAGAUCAACUUGGUAAUGUAUCGCCCUCUAGUGAGCGUGAUUCUCGCUUGUGGUACGACACAGCUUCUCAAAAGCGGUCAUCCAUGAAAAGGCCUUCAUCACGUGACAGCCCAUCCUCUGUCGGCUCGGCCAAUGAAGCGAGGCGCACCUCGCAGCAAAAGAUGGUUCUGUCAAGAAAUGAUAAUAACAAACUUCUUACUAAGAGAGGUAGCAGCCAGUCAGAGAAGAGCACGGACAAGGACGAGGAAAAAUCGACCAAUCAGCAACAAGUGCCAACACGCCGCAAAGGUUUAAAACUUCGGGACUUCAGGGUGGAUAAUGAUGACGAUGAAUCUGGUUCACCUGGCAAUGACCAGCAGAGAAAGUCUGGAAAGGACGGCAAGUCUGAUUCACGUGCUCAAUCACAUGAACCAAGGUCAUGGGUUACUAAACCUCCAAAACCAGUCAAGUCUGAACAAAUCUUUACCCGGUCAAAUCAGGAUUCUUUUGAUGAUGAAACUUAUAGUUUUAAAGAUGCGCAUACAAGUCUGCAAGCCAGUGAAAAGUCUGAACCAAAAGUAGAAGUCCAGAGGACAAUAUCCCGGGAUCGUCCUGCGCCAGAUGAGAGUCGUCUCUGGAGUGACCGUGAUCGUGAGAUGAGCAAGGACUCACGGAGCAGUCGACCAAACCGUGAUCAUGAUCGUGCCAUUCCACGAUAUAACUCUCGUGAUAUGCAUCGUGGUGAAAGGUCUCACGACUCCGAGAACAAGGAGAACAAAGAAGAAGAUCAUUUUAAGAGGCGACCUAAUAGGGCGGAUACACACUCUCGAUCCCAGGAGAAAAGUUAUCCCAACGAGCAGAGGAGAGAGAGGCAGGAUCGUCCAAAGAAGUCCGAGAGUGGAGAGAAAACUUACCGUGAUGAACGUAGAGAAAAAAAUAGGGAUCAUUAUGAAAAACCAGAUCGUUACAACAAUAAUAAACCGGAACGUUAUGAUCAAUAUGACAACAGAAACAGAGAUGACAACAGAAACUACAGAGGGAAAGAUAGACAAUAUGAUGGCCGCAAGGAAAAUAACGACCGACGUGAUAAAGGUCGAACAGGAUCCACAUAUUCACAACAGAACAGAAGGGGUGAAUCUCCCAAGCAUCAGCAAUCAAAACCUGCUUCGAAAACAGCUAUUGUUGAAAAACCUGACCCACCCACUGAACCAUCCCCUGCACCAACAACUACCAGUGUGCAACCUAAACAACCAGUGGUAGCUGCACCACCUCCAACAAACAUAUGGGAGGAGAGAAAAAAGCAAAUGCAGAUUGUCUCCUCUACUCAGCAGAAGGAGGUAGAAAAGACACGCAUCUACAUCCCAACAGAAGAUGAUAAGAAGAGAACACUGAAGGAAACUGCUCCCGUCAAAGCAGAUGACCUUACUGACAAAAACUUCCAAUCUGAAAAAGUGCCUCGUAAUGAAGAGAUUGAAAAAUCUCAAUCAAGGUCAACUCCACCAGAUUCCUACCUUGAUAGACGUCAAGACUCUAGGCCACCACGAGAAAGUGGCAGGCGAGGUUCAACACAAAGGCAAACCGGUCGUAACUCGAAUAGACCAGAGCGUUACCAUGGUGACAGACCAGAAAGAGGUCAUCCAAGCGAUCGAAGGGGUCGAGGCAGAGGAAGCAGAGCAAGAGGAGUAAGUAGUCGUGGAGGACGUGGUUUGGAUCGCUCAGAAAAACGAAGCAAUCUUCCAUCGGACAAAAUUUCUUCGUCUUCCAUACGUGGGCGUGGUAAAGGCAGGAGAGGAGCAAGAUCUGCCCCAGCAUAUGAAAGAGGAAAUCGUCGCCCCCCUUACUCAAAAAAUUCAACAAAGCGUUAUGAUGAUGAUUCAACAUCCGGUGAAUCUGAUUCAGAGUCUGCUACUGAGGAAGUGAAUGGAGUUGGUCGGCGUCGCAAACUUGGUGAGGAAUCUGAUUAUGAUGAUGAUGAUGAAGGUGAUUACACAAGUGGAAGUUAUUCUGAUGAAGAAUCCUCACAACCACACAAAUCAUCAACGGACAAACCCCAAGCAGUGAAGAAGUUUGCAUCAAAACCUGAACCGAGGAGAAACCCACCCAAACAAAGCAGUAGAAUUGACAAUAGGAGGGAUAAUCAGGAUAUCAAGAGGGAUAACCCACGGCGUGAAAACAGCAGGCAAGACCCGCUCAACCCUGACCCCUCUGUCACAACAACCACUUUCAUUACAAGGGGUGAACCUUCACGUCGAGGCAGGGGUUCAGCUCUUGGGGGUGGCUCAGUCUCAAGAGGUAGGGGUACAAGGGGUGCACGACCUGCCAGGGGAAGCACCUCUGCCCCAGCUCCAAGUGGAAGGGGUGGAAGGAGGGUUGAUGAAACUGGGAAAGAUUUUCACAGAAGUCGAAACGGUGACCGGACUCCCAAUGAUGGGGGAGUUGAUAGGAGGAGAGGAUCAGCUAAGAAUGAUUAUAAGAAGCGGAGGAACAAUCAACCCGACUGCCCCCCUCGUUUCAAAAACUCUGUAAAAAGAAGUCCAAUGGUUGAUGCUAACUACACAAGCAUUAAACCAGAGUCCCCUAUAUUAAACACACCAACCAAUGAAGAUCAUCCAAACCCAGCUGACCUUUGUGAUGAAUGGGAGACGGCAUCUGAGGAUACAGACACUGGGAAAUCUAUGCCUCUAAAGUCAAUGGAUUCCAAACCAGACACAAGAAGGAAUGAUUCAAAACAGCGAGGAUAUUCGAAUCCAAGAUCGGAUGAUCGUCGUGGUAGAGGGGGUCGGGGAGGACAGCCCAACAAAGGAAGGCCUGAUAAAAAUUCCAAAACAGUAUUGGCAAAAUCGAACGUCUUCUCCCUACACACCCUUAAUUACAACCAUCCUGAACUCAUAGAAGGUGCAAUACGUGAAGCAACUUCAGCACUAGAGGGUGACAAGAGCAAAAAGUUUGUCGACGACCAGAAGGCGAAAAAUAAGGAGUUAUUCAAGAUGUACGACUUAAACAAUUAUGCUGGGGUGGUGAAUGUGGAUGAUCUACCUGAUGUUUCACAGAAAGGUUCAUCAACGAACGAACUCGACUUCAAGGAAGACGUGAUGAUGAAUAUGCUUGACUCUAUGGCUCCUCCUGAUGGACACGAUGAUGAUGAUGGAUUUACUCCCGUACUCUCGAAGAGAGCGCAGAAAAAGAAACAAGAGGAAAUAAGGAAAAAGGGGGAGGUUCAACUACAGGAGGCUGUUCGUAAAGCUAAGCUUGAUCAACAGAGAAUAAACCGACAGAAAACUACCAAAGGUAUCAUAACACCAGGUACCAGUGGUAGUGUGAAACAAGCCAUCUCUUCCAAUAUAGUUGACACAAUUUCUACUGAUAUUUGGUCAAAUACGAUAGGUACAUGGGAGCCUCAAUCAAAGGGUGACUCAGCAGAUAUUCCUGCGGACAGCGGUGUCGAGUCAUCAGUCCCUUCAUCACAGCGUAGCUCACCUGGUACCGAGGCAAAGUUGAGUUUCUCUCACUUUGGUGGAACCAUCACGUCCACUAGUGUUGUGACCACUGUUGGUAGUCGACAGCUAUCCACGGCCAUCAAUUCCCUGCAAAGCACAUCGGAAAUUGCUAGCAUAGUGACAUCACAGACAUCGGGAAUGACAUCACCAAAGCCGGAAACUCCUCUAUCCUCUUUAUCACAGAGCCCAAGUCGUAUGGCUGGUAAUCCUAUUGGAGCCAUCGGGAAUGAAAGGGCAAUGAAACGCUCUAGUUCAGUGGAAAACAUAGCUACACUCUUGCCAAACAAGAAAGACAGCAUUUCGUUUAUUGCAGAUAGCUCAUCAGAUAUCACUACAGGUGGCAUAAUAACGGGUCGUUCAUCUGCUGCCAAUCUUUUUCCCUCCGAUGAUCUUCGAACCUCUACCUUUUCACCCUUUGGGGAAUCUUUAGGUUACAAAGACGAGAAACCUACCCCUGAGGUCCCGAAUUCAACUCCCAGUUUCAACCAAUUAUCUCCCUUCCCCAACCCACAAACCCCAUCGAGUUCGUUAUCGGCGAGUUUGCCAUCACUGCAGACACUAGGGGUCAAUAAAGUGAAGGGGAAUACCCACGACAUAAAGUUCGCAGACCCCUUUAGCACUAGACAUGCAAUACAGAAGCUACAACCGGACUUCUUGGACACGUUGGAUCCCAUCGACAUCACUGGAAGCUCACUCAUGUUGAGCAGGAGUAAAGUGGGGGCUGACACUGAUUCCUCUGAAGAUAUGACCCUUACCCCACAACACCCAAAUAACACCAAUGUAACCCAUAAGCCCACCCCUCUCGACCAGUCAAUACCCGCCCCUAUCCCCCUACCCCCUAAGCACAUCCUCACGCCUGGCCCUGACGGGGACUCUAAUAGUGUAAGACAUAAUGAUAACCCCUCGAUUGCAAAUGGCUCGGGGGACAUGGGAUUAUUGACCCCUACAUCACCCUCGAUUGACCUUAACAUGAAGAUGGAAUCUGCAAGGAAAGCUUGGGAGAAUAUGCCGGAAGCUUCGAACCCAUCCAGCCAAUCACAAGGUAUGAAUCCAAGUGAGAAUUACUCGUACCACCCUUCAUCAGUGCAAGGUUCAAUGAUUGAACAACCCAUAGCCAGCUCUUCAAACAUUCCACCAGUGAGCACAACUAGCGUAACCAAACCACAAGAAUGGCAACCUCAUCACUCCGACGUUCCGACUCAGCAAAAUGAAACUGAUGACUCAUGGAAAAGUUCAGUUGCGCAACAAAACCCAAUUUCCAACCCCGAACCCCAGGAACCAGCUACAAUACCACCUGUCACUGUAAGUUCUGAAGCCACUCCUCCAAUCCACAGUACCAACUAUAUGAGCGACACACAAAGUUCAGUGGCAAUUACCCAGCCCCAUCAUCACCACCACCACCACCAACAACAACAACAACAAGUAGUUCAUUCAUAUGGCAGCAAUACUGGUUAUAUGUAUAUGGAUCCAGCUACUUCACCAAUGUUUACUCCAAACCAAAGAAUUCCAGUUCCUGGUGCUUUCCACCAACCUAUAUCAUCCACAAGUCUCGCUUCUAACCUUCAACACAUGCAACAGAUAUACAACAACAUGCCACCUGAUUACAGCCCAGCCAUGUAUUCCAACCAGACAGGCUACAGUAGUUUGGGUCAACAACAUACUGGUCAAACAGGCUUCAACAUUCAACAGCAGGGAAGGGAGUAUACACAAUCAGUUCUACUCACCACCACUACUGGAGCAUCUACCCCAGGUGUAAAACCGUCAAGUCAAAACACGAUGGCUGUCAAAACCACCCGUCAGCAACCAAUGCGGGGCCUCCCUGCUGCUUAUGGGAGCAAUAUGCCAGGUUUAAACCAACAAACAAACAUGGGGAAUCCACCACUUGCGCUACCACGGCCACAAGGGGGAGCACCAUCACCCGCACAACCUAUAUACAUCCCAGUAUUAGAACAAAGUCGUGUCGUACCUGCUUCACAAGCUAACCCAACAUUGCUCAACCAACGAUUGCAAUCUACUUCAUUUUUCAACCAACUGAACCAAAGCAACACUGGUUUCUUCAGCCAACAACCUUCCCAACUCCGCCAGCAACCAACCUACCAACAAUCUAUGCCACCUGCUGCUGUGUCUUAUCAACAGGCGUUAUACCCCCAGAUCAAACCCAUGUCACCCACCCCUACCAACCAGCUUGGGUUAGAGCAAGCUUCACUCGGAAUUCAAGCCCCCUACCCCCCGAUAGCCCCACCAUCACACCGAGCUCGAAACGACGAUUACUUCCAAUCUUACCACCAAUUCUACCAACAAAAAAGCACCAGUACCUACCCUGGCUCCAUGGGGCAGAAAGUGAUGCUCCCAGGUACAUAUGCACCCGGAAAACCCAACACAUCAUCAUUCGGCGGUGUUAAAAGCUCACAAUCCAUGUACGGGCCACCUAAAUCCACAACCCCAGUCAACCCUGAUGGAAUGACCAAGUUCUCGGGUGUGUCAUCACCCAACAGCAAGUCCUACAUGGGUCAACAACCACCGGGAGGGGAUUGGAGCAAACCACCAGCAUCUAAUGCACAAUACAAGCAAAGCCCUGUCCAAGGAUUACUCUCUCGACCAUUUUCGUCAUCAAAUGACACCAUGUACCAACAAACACCCUCCAGUAUGACAUCACAAUCCCAAUACUCCCACACAACAAGUGAAGCUCUCUCGUACCAACAAACCCGUCCCUACGAACAACAAACCACUGGAUGGGGCCAACAGAAGGUAAUGGGUGGUCAAGGUAUCAUGGGUGCACAACCCCCUAUGAGUAUUCUUGGUAAAGCACCCCGACCCCAGGUUGUUCCAGGAGCAAUGCAAGGUUUCCCCACCGUACCCAACUACCAGCUGACGAUGCCCCAACAGUUAGCAGUAGCCCGUGCUGCACAGAUAGGUAGCUACCCCAUGAAACAACAACAACAACCAAAUAUGGUAAAGAUGCAGUCACCAACAUCAGUGACGCAACAGUUUGGUGCUCCAAUGGAUAUGUCCUCCCAAUACUCUGCUCCUAAGCAAGGCAAGGGAGGAAAGUCGGCUCCGUUACCAACAUCCGGAUCAAAGGCUCCUCCCGUUCCCACAUUAGUGAGAGGAGUAGGGAGCAACUUGGUCGGGAAGAAACCAACUUUUAUUCCUGAGGAAGUGGUCAAGUCGAAACAAGCAAGUGAAAGAGCCAGUUUACUACAAUCACUUUCUGCAUUCUUUCCCGGCAAGGAAAAAUCCGAAGAGGAUGAACAAGGAAGUGCUGAGCCCACUGAUUGGUCGAGCCAAGUUGCGAGUAGCUCACCCCUGCCUAAACGUAAACCUGGCAUGCGACACCCUGGAGUCGAUAAACGUAAGAUAACGGCUGCUAAGGAAGAUAAACAACGCACUGGACCAAUCGGAGGCAUAAAGAAACGAGGAUCAAAAUCGGACGAAGCUUCUUCAGAUGAAAAUCUCAUUCGUGAAACAAAGAAGCUUACUCUUGCUGAUACACGACCUAAGAAGGGGGAAACGGCAAAAAUACCACUUUAAGUUAUCCCUUCCCCCUUCUAUUUGUACAGAACUUAAUUUAUCAUGGCUGGAAUCUCCUUUGUUCUUCGUGAUGGGUCCUAUGUACAUACCAUGGUGUAAAUAUGUUGCUUUGUCAAAUUAAGGAGCUUGCGUUCGGUCUACGAUUACCGGAAUGGUCGCGUAAUUCUUUCCUGCCAUGCAGCGUCGAGCUCAUUGUUUCAGUUCUCAUAGCAACAACCUGUGUUCAACAAACGAGGAUUCUUAUUUUCAACGACCAUUUUUCUCUUCCGUGUCUCUGUUUUUCCCAAAGUGAUCCUGCAUCCUCUUGAUCCUUCUGCUGCAUCAACCCUAACUCUCCUAAAAUUGAGGCACCUGCGAUACCCACUUGGGGAAAUCCCCCACAAACGAUUUUACCCCGCUGCCUAAUAAAGCGGUUCACCCAUAAAAGUUUACAACCAGUAUAUCCAGAGAAGAUUAAUUUAUGUUCUCUGCAAGACUUUUGAUUUUUGUAUGGCUGCUUCUACAGCUAUGUUACUGCUAACAACGCUAGAUGAAGCCAACUGACUUCAGUCAGUGCUUUCUGAAAUUUCGUUGUUCAAACUUGUGUGUCACUAUUUCACUUCUGGUUUUUAUAUGUGCGCGUGUGGCAUGUGCAACACAGAUACCCUUGGAUUUAGUUCCACCAACCAAUACCAAUAGCCAGUUGUCUUUGAGCCACUCACCCCCGUACCCAUUGUUAUAGCACUUAAAUUUAAGAGAACCAGGUUCCGUGGCACCUUUGUCUUGAUGUGUAGGCGCGCAGAGCGCUCAUUUGUAUUCUUCUAUCACUGUGCUUUCCAUAUUCCAUGAUGUUUCAGUCGGUUGCUGGCCAUCUGUUGCCAUAGCAACGGCCAUUGAAUAACACAUGCCUGCUUUACAGCAGCAAGCAUGAUCAAGUGUUGAAAAAUCUUUAGAUUUUUCUUUAAAAAUCUUAAGAAUUAUCCAAAAACCCUUUCUUAAAUACCCACACAGCACGGUUUGAAUACUUUUGCGUGCGCAAAUGCGUUGUACUUCCUUCACACAAUCAUAUCUGACAAGCGUGACCACUACAUAACAUUUCAACCCAACAUGCAUGAUGCAACCAAUUUAUAAGAAUUUGUCACUCACGACUGCUUGCUUGCCAGCUUCAGUUCAAUGCUUGUUUUGAUCUAAUUCUAUUCCCACGGUGUUGGAUUUUGUAAUUUUCCACCCCGGUGAGGUUGCGGCCAUGAAAUCCUAAACAUUCUUUCUUAGCACCACAAAGACUUGUGAAAUUUGUACAAAACCAUCGUUUCGUUCUGUUGUAUUAAUAGUUGAAAAAAGUCCUGUAUUAGAUGUAGAAACCUUUACGUUACGAGUGCGACACAAACCUGGGCUUUACGGCGAGUAGUAUACUUCACUAUGGCAGUUUGUACUUUGUUGUCUGCCUCGAAAUAAACCAACAAUUUGUUGUUA